AUACAUGAUGCAUAUUUCCAUGGACGCCGAAAGCUACCACGCAGUUCGGAGGAACUUAAUGAAUAGACCCUGGAGGAUGUCUUUUUAUUCCUCAAUGAAUAGACCAUGGUCACAAGAAGCUGCAUCAGUGUACAUAUGACGCAAAACUGACAUACAGGCACCAUGGAGGAAUAAGAACACAUUCCUUCAUGCAGGCACUAAGCGAUGUUAUCCUACACCUACUUCACCUACACCUACCUACUUUCUUAGCUGCAUCAUAGAGCUACUAGCUCUAUGGCUGCAUGCACCAUACCUCAACGAUAAUGUUCUGUGAAAUUGGAAACCCAGCUGCAUGCAAUAUUUAUAGCAACCAGAUUUGUGUUUGGCCGUUCCUGGAGAUACCCUGAGGUUGGUCAGAGACCGCACUAGCAUGCUAGCUGCUGUUGUGACUCUUCCAAAGGAAUGUGUUUUGAAAGUUUUUUUUGCCGACGAGAUUUGUUCCCAGCUUAGGAAUAGUAAUGUUGAGACUAGUUCCCAAGCCUGGAGGAAGGAAAACAAUCUCCUCCGAAUCCGUGGUGCCCCAACUAAUGUAGCGCGACUAACAAGGAGCAUGCAUCCGGCUUCGCUCUGUGUUUCCUUCCUCCAUGCUCUAUCCGAGGGCAUGUAGAGCAUUCUUUUGGAGAUGUAGGCCUAGGUCGGCAGUGUUUGACCCAGGAUCGCCCCGGCAAAAGGACUCGGUUUGGAAAACAUCAUCAUCCGCCAAACAUGAUCAACAAGCGUAACAGACGGGAAAACACUCAGAACCCAUGUGCCUCAACUACCUCCAUAAUGAUUCGACUGGAUUAUUGAGUGCCUGGUAGUUUAGUAAUCCUCUGACAGCAUCGGUCUUCAACCUCUGUGACCUCUCAACAAAGUUUGCACAGCGCCAGUCCGCCGCUGCGCUCAGUGUAUGUUGCGCGCCUCACACCAGCAGCACCACGCGAGCAACCCACAACAGUGUACACAGACCUUGACCUAACAGUGCUAAAUACAUCUUGUGGGAUUGUAUUUGUAAAAACCAGCUGUGUAUUGUGAGAAAACUCAGUGCUGUAUGUUUCUCAGGCACCGACGAUGAACAGCGAUCCGUCGCAUCUGGGUGAGGAUGUCGGCGGGGAGAAAGGAGGUGGUUCAGGCGAGUCUUCGCCGCUACGUUGGGAGGAGUUGAACUCUAGAGGACAGGACAGUAGCCCACCUGGCUACGAAACAAUUGAUAUUGACUUAACGGAGCUACCUCCCGGACCGGCGGAAAAUGACGUCCAAGGUGAUGACGUCACUGAUUGGGCCCCCAUCCGUCAGAGUGCCUUCAACAAGCAAAUCGACAGAGUCGACAAGGUAAUCAAGGGCGCCCUCAAGUCACAAUGGAAGCUGAUCAAGUGGGUGAUCUUCGGCGUUCUGAUUGGUCUCUAUGCAGCUUACGUCAUCUACGCCGUCGUGUUGGACUUCCAGCGCGCGCUGGCGCUCUUCAUCUUCUCCUUGCUGGCUCUGGCGUACGCCCUCUAUCGGCUGGUGAAACACGUAUUUGGGGCCAGACUGGUGUCUGCCGUAGUCGGCUGCAAGCAACAGAAAUGCGGCUUGUUCCUCAAGGAGCGAAGGCUGAUAAUAAAUUGUUUCAUGUACAUACUGUUCACGGGCAUUCUCAUCACGAUGUGCGCCCUCAGCGGCGUGAUCGACUCAGUCAUCAGCGAACCGGAGCGCCUCAAGUCGCUGUUCGGUCUCUUCUGCAUGCUGCUGUUCGGCUUCGUGUUCUCCAGGCAGCCUGGAAUGAUCAACUGGCGCACUGUCUUUUGGGGCCUCUGGCUCCAGAUGUUCCUGGGCAUCCUGAUACUGAGGACGCAGCCUGGAUACGACGUCUUCAACUGGCUCGGCGGGCAUAUCGAGACGUUUUUAAGUUACACCAAUGCGGGGGCGGAGUUUGUGUUUGGCCCCGCCCCACUGUCGAACCACGAGAUUCUGUUAAUCGUGCUACCGGUGAUCAUAUUCACCAGUUGUGUCUUUGCUUUGCUGUACUACUGGGGUGUCAUGCAAGCCCUGAUUAUGGCUCUUGCUAUUCUCAUGCACUUCACCAUGGGCAUCUCCGGAGCCGAGUCCUUUGCUACUGCCUCCAACAUCUUCGUCGGCAUGACUGUGGCGCCCCUGGCCAUCAAGCCGUACCUGAACGACAUGACGGAGUCGGAGAUGCACGCCGUGAUUGUCGGGGGCUUCGCUACUAUUGCCGGCAGCGUGUUGGCCAUUUUCAUCUCCUUUGAUAUAAGCGCUUCCCACCUCCUGGCGGCGUCCUUCAUGUCGGCUCCUGCUGCUCUUGUGACCUCCAAAAUGUUUUACCCGGAAAGCAAGAAGCCAAAAACGGCUUCGAUUUCCAACAUCAAGACGGCCAAAGCAGUGGAAAACAACGCGUUAGAAGCCAUGUAUGUGGGUGCCAUUGAUGGGCUCAAGAUCUGUGCCUACAUCAUCGGUAACCUCGUUGCCAUUAUCAGCGUUCUCGCCUUCGUCAACUCGGCACUAAUGUGGCUCGGAUCCCUUGUGAAUAUCGAGGAUCUCAGUUUUCAGCUGAUUUGCCGGUACGUGCUGUAUCCAAUCCCCUGGCUGCUGGGCGUGGACGGUCCGGACUGCCUCAUCGUGGCCGAGCUCAUCGGCGUCAAGCUAUUUCUCAACGAGAUCGUGGCCUACGGCCAACUGUCCACCUACGUCAAAGAAGGGGUAGUCUCGACUCGCUCGGAGGUUAUCGCUACCUAUGCGUUAUGCGGCUUUGCCAACCUGGGCAGCAUUGGGGUCAUGAUGGGCGGACUGAUACCGCUGGUGCCGCAUCGCAAGUCCGAGGUCUCACGGCUCUGCGUGAGGGCGCUCUUGGCGUCCUGCGUCGCCUUGUUCAUGACGGCUUGCAUUGCAGGGCUGAUGUAUGACGAGAAUAAGGUGUUCCAACCAAUUUCGCCGGGCGGAGGGGGUAAUUUGAAUGCUACAGCAACGACCGCAGCUGUAUAGCAACAACGUCAGCAAUGCAAACGACAUCCAUAGACCUUUGAUGUACACCGAAAGUGUGCAGUGAAGGUGAAGGUUGCACCGACAGUUUUCUCAAACGGAUGGCAAUUUUUGUCCCACAAUGCACCGUAACAUAUAUAUUAUCACCGCAAACUUCCGGACUGGCUGCUAUCGGUAAAAGGGUCUAUGAUAACGUAAAACUGUGAAUUAACAUACUGUUGAUAGGCCGUAUAUAUUCACAGUCAUGAUGCGCCACACGAUGUGCCAAAUGGCAUGACUUUGUUUACCGACAAAUUGUUUCUACAUGUAUUGCUGUACUCAAUUGUUGUGUAUUACUCUAAGUUGAUAUUAUUUGGAAUUUACAAAAUUAUUAUUUUUACGAUGCUUACAUAACAUUGGGAGCGGCUUUUAUUAUUAUACUAUAAGUUCAGCAUUUAUUUGAAGUGGGGCUGAGGAGAAUGUUUAUCAAGAUUGAAUAUUGAAGUUUAUUAAUCGAUUAAGGUUCCGAUUAGGAAAACCUUUGUACAGCUUGUUGAUAUGCGCUUUCAAAUGACAGUAAUCGCAAAAGUUCUUGAUUGCAAACCGUACAAUGCAGCACCGAGACUAGUAAAUCGAGAGUGCGCCAUCCAGCGGCUUAACUGGACAUUUUUUUCAGGAGUUUCUAUUGGAAUACUGCGAUGCGAGACCAUCUCCGCGUAUGUACUUUAUAAUCAUAAAAGUAAAACAGAAAAAUAAUCUGUUUAUUUAUGUGAUGUAGAUGUGAGGUUUUUAAAUUUUAUACAGGGUCAUAAAAUAUCGAUCUAUCUGCACAAAAACUGUUUAUUAUAAAAAAAAACCCGAUAAGAUUAUAGAAAAGCCGAAAGUUAGUAUUGGCGCAUUUGUAUUUUUAUCGAUAAAUUGAUAACUUUUGAAAAACGUCUAUAUUCAGAAUAAUGCCAAAUGCAGUGUAGUCUAUAAUACAGUAUUGUAUUGCGGAACAUAGUUUUUUAUGCACGCAUUCCAUCCAAUAUGGAUCAUUGUUUGAGAAGUAAGAGUAUAUACAAUGUAGCUUGUUUGCGUGCGUGUGUGAAAUAUGGAAGUGAAGUGUCUGUAAGGUUGGUUGUGUAUUGUUAGACGGACAUUAGUGUCAGAUUGUCAACAGGACAAAUUGUCAGAAGUCAACAUUUUUCAGAAAUAUAGGUUGGAACAAAAAAUCAGUGGAUAUAGUUUCUGUCAGGAUGGAACUAGAAAAUGAAAACCUUGUCGGCGUACUUGUCGUGUACACGAACCAGUCAGUAUUUGUUUGAAGAGGCUUGGUGUGAAUUUUUGGAUGUGAUUUUAUUAUGAACUUUUAACCAAAUCGUUGUUUUGUUUCAUUUGUUACUUUUUUUCUGUCACCUAUUAAUCACGCAUGUUCACAUUAUAGAUAUGUUUUAACUAUGGCCCCGCACUAUGUAUAUGGCCCCGUAUACGUAUUUCUUUCUACAGUGAAAGCAUUUCUUUCGGCAUUUGUCGAACAAAAUCCUUCAGGGAGUUACGCCGGGGCCAUAGUAAUGGACCGAUCCAUUCAAUCCCAUUAAGCCCCGCCCAAUAGUGCUUGGACCAUUCACAGCCGUGACAAAUGUCGGACAUGCGUGUACCAAAGUCCGGCACGUGGGCACGCGCGUAUGACGCGCGCGGCUGGAAUCCGGUUCGUUAGCAAAAACGUCAUACACGCGCGCGCACCACUGAUUACUAUUACUAGCACCCAUUGGAUAAACACUC